AUGCAGACCAAUACAGAAGAAAAGGCGAUAACAGCAGUUGAUGCGGAGUAUUACUUCGAUCUCAAUAUAAAAUUGAUGUCACUGAUCGGCUUGAAAUGUAGCAUGACAGAAACGGUGACGAAAUUCAUUUAUAAAAUACCUACUUUCUUGACAAAUGUGUUGGGAAUCAUUUACUUGAUAUUCCAAAUCAGUUAUGUGAGAGAAGCCGUGCGCUCACAUGACACAAGUUUAGCCGCACAGAUUUUGAGCCAAACAGUUUGCAACAUACAAUGUAAUUCCAAGGGAUUUCUCUUUGUAAUUUCUAUAGCGAAAGUCCAAGCUAUACUCCAUGAGAUUCGAAUUCUGUGGGAAACCUAUCCUCCAGACGAUGAGAUUCAGAAAUCAAUUUUGUUAGUAGCAGAUAAAACAGUGACUUUUUGUAAAUACUACGUAACCGCUAAUUUAAGUUGCGUAUUGGCUUACGCUUUGCAAAUGGGACUAAACUUUUUCAUGCAAUAUCAAGCCCGCGAAGCGACCAAUCAUACUUACGACUUUUCACAUAUAAUAUUGCUAGUAAAAUAUCCAUUUGUAGUGACUGAAAUACCGACAUUUAUCACGCUGUUUUUGUCAGAAGAAUUUUUACUGAUUAUGGGCGCUACUUUGUGGGCUAUCAUUGAUACACUAUUUGCUCAAGUAACGACUCACAUUUGUUUGCAAUUCAAGAUAUUGAAGCGUGACAUCCAAGAGAAGUUUAAUACAGAAGGUUCGAACGAUAAAGAAAUUUUACUGAAGCUGUUACGAAGACAUCGGAAUCUUUUGAGGAUUUGCAUGAUGAUUGAAGAUAUUUUUAGUCCAAUAAUUUUUUUUACCGUGAUUUUGUCAUCUGUAAAUAUGUGCGUCAAUGUUAUUGGCGCUAGAGAGACUAUUGCGAGUAAGGCCUAUUUUGAAACAUGCAUCUAUGCGAGCAUAUUUCUAAUGACAAUUUUUCAGAUCUUCUUUUUUUGUAUUUUUGCAGAAAAACUAUCAGAUGAGACAACGUCCAUAGCCGAUACAGUAUAUGAUUUGAAUUGGACAACAAAGGAUUAUAAGCUUAGAUUAUACCUACGGUUCAUUAUAGUGCGAGCUCAAAAACCAUUUUAUUGUACAGCAUAUGGAUUUUUUCCUAUAGGACAUCAAAGACUUACGGCGAUCAUCAGAGCAUCGUAUUCUUAUUAUAUGAUGCUACAAACUACAGAUGGCAAAUAA